CCCGCUGCAUCACGGAGAGGAAAAUACCACCAGAUGGCGGUUUAGGAUUGCUGCUCUUCUCUCAAGGCGCGGUUCCACUUGCACGGCCAAUUUUCAAUAAUAAAAUACACACGGUAUUAGGGCGAAAAUAGAUUUAUUACCCUGGAAGGCGAUAACCGAUUCGGCGAUGGUCGUUAAAGGAGCUGAAGCGUGUUGAGUGCCAGAGUUGAGUGCAGUCGGACCUGGAGUGUCUGUUCCCUGUCGUCACAGACAUUCUCCCUCCAAGAGCUGUUGCCUUUAGUGUUGCCUUUGGACCUCAGACACUCUUGUGCUGACAGUCCUGAACUGUUGCACAUCUCACACAGGCCAGGAUGAUUACCUCAGAGCUCCCCGUCCUGCAGGACUCAUCCAAUGAAUCUGGAGCAACAGAAGCAGUGGGCCUAAGUAUGAGCAUUAGUGAGAUGGAAGAUCCAGAAGCAAAAGGCAAGAAGAAGAGAGGGAGACCUGGAAAACAAGUCCAACCAUCCAAUAAGAAGCCCCGGAAGUCACAGACAGACAAGACCUUAGGCAUUGUGAGAGGGCGUGGCAAAGCCAAUGGUGUGGCCCAGCAUAACGGAGAAGGAGGCGACCCCGUUACACUGUUCGAAGUGGUAAAAAUGGGCAAGAGCGCCAUGCAGUCUGUGGUGGAUGACUGGAUCGAGUCAUACAAACAGGACAGAGACUUGGCCCUGUUGGACCUCAUCAAUUUUUUCAUUCAGUGUUCGGGAUGCAAAGGAACUGUGAGGAUUGAGAUGUUUAGGAACAUGCAGAAUGCUGAGAUCAUCCGCAAAAUGACAGAGGAGUUUGAUGAGGAUAGUGGUGAUUAUCCUCUCACCAUGCCAGGGCCGAUGUGGAAAAAGUUUCGCUAUAACUUUUGUGAAUUCAUCAGCGUUUUGAUCCGCCAGUGUCAGUACAGCAUUAUCUACGAUGAAUACAUGAUGGACACUGUAAUCUCCCUCCUCACCGGGCUGUCUGACUCUCAAGUUCGAGCCUUCAGGCACACUUCCACAUUAGCAGCGAUGAAGCUCAUGACAGCACUGGUGAACGUGGCACUGAACUUGAGCAUUCAUCAAGACAACACGCAGAGGCAGUAUGAGGCUGAGAGAAACAAGAUCGCUGGAAAACGAGCCAAUGAGAAGCUGGAACUAUUGCUACAGAAGAGAAAGGAGCUGCAGGAAAACCAAGACGAGAUAGAGAAUAUGAUGAACUCCAUCUUCAAAGGCAUCUUUGUACAUCGCUACAGGGAUGCGAUUGCUGAGAUCCGAGCUAUAUGUAUUGAGGAAAUUGGAGUGUGGAUGAAGAUGUACAGUGAUGCUUUCCUAAAUGAUAGUUACCUGAAAUAUGUUGGUUGGACACUACACGAUAGGCAAGGAGAGGUCCGUCUGAAGUGCCUGAAGGCUUUGCAGAACCUCUACACCAACAGAGAACUUUUCCCCAAGCUAGAACUUUUCACCAACCGCUUCAAGGACCGCAUAGUGUCAAUGACUCUUGAUAAGGAGUAUGAUGUGGCUGUAGAGGCCAUCAGACUGGUCACACUCAUCUUGCAGGGCAGUGAAGACGCCUUAUCCAAUGAGGACUGUGAGAAUGUUUACCACUUGGUUUACUCCGCCCACCGGCCCGUGGCUGUCGCCGCUGGAGAGUUUCUACAUAGAAAAUUGUUCAGUCGUCAUGACCCGCAGGCAGAAGAAGCACUGGCUAAGCGCAGAGGGAGGAGCAGUCCCAAUGGAAAUCUCAUCCGAAUGCUGGUGCUCUUCUUUCUGGAGAGUGAGCUUCAUGAACAUGCAGCCUAUCUGGUAGACUCAUUGUGGGAAAGUUCUCAGGAGCUGCUGAAAGACUGGGAGUGUAUGACUGAACUACUCCUGGAGGAGCCUGUACAGGGAGAGGAAGUGUUGUCAGACAGACAGGAGAGUGCGCUGAUAGAAUUGACAGUUUGCACCAUAAGACAGGCAGCAGAGGCGCACCCACCUGUGGGCAGAGGCACCGGCAAAAGGGUUCUGACGGCGAAGGAGAGAAAGACUCAGAUAGAUGACAAGAACAAAUUGACAGAGCACUUCAUCAUGGCUCUGCCCAUGCUCUUAUCCAAGUAUCAGGCGGAUUCAGAGAAAGUAGCCAACCUGCUGCAAAUCCCCCAAUUCUUUGACCUGGAUGUGUACAGUGCUGGGCGUAUGGAGAAGCACCUGGAUGCAUUGCUGAAGCAGAUUCGGCUGGUGGUGGAGAAACACAUCGAGACAGAUGUGUUGGAGGCCUGCAGUAAGACGUACAGCAUCCUGUGUUCAGAAGAGUACACCAUCAUGAACCGCGUGGACAUCGCCCGCUCACAGCUCAUCGACGAGAUGACCGAUCGCUUUGCUCACUCUGUCGAAGAGCUGCUGCAGGAGGCUGAGGAGGCUGACGAUGACGAUAUCUACAAUGUUUUAUCUACUCUGAAGAGACUCACAGCCUUCCACAAUGCCCAUGAUUUGACAAGGUGGGAUUUGUUUGGGAACUGCUACCGGCUGUUGAAGGCGGGUAUCGAGCAGGGCUCCAUGCCAGAGCAGAUCGCUGUCCAGGCCCUGCAGUGUUCCCAUUACUCCAUCCUCUGGCAACUGGUCAAAAUCACUGAAGGAGCUCCUAGCAAGGAUGAUCUUCUGGCGCUCAGGAGAGUGGUGAAGUCUUUUCUUGCUGUGUGCCAGCAGUGUCUGUCCAAUGUCAACACACCAGUCAAAGAACAGGCAUUCAUGCUGCUUUGUGACCUGCUGAUGAUCUUCAGUCACCAGCUGAUUUCCGGCAGUAGGGAAGGGCUGCAGCCGUUAGUCUUCAACCCUGACGGAACUCUGCAGAACGAACUGCUCAACUUUGUUUUAGACCAUGUCUUCAUUGACCAGGAUGACGAGAGCCAGAGCAUGGAGGGCGAUGAGGAGGAUGAGGCCAAUAAGAUCGAGGCCCUCCACAAGAGAAGAAAUCUGCUGGCAGCUUUCUGCAAACUCAUUAUCUAUGACAUUGUCGACAUGCCAGCUGCUGCUGACAUCUUCAAGCACUACAUGAAGUACUAUAAUGAUUAUGGUGACAUCAUCAAGGAGACUCUAAGUAAAACCAGGCAGACGGACAAGAUUCUGUGUGCAAAGACUCUGAUCCUCAGUUUACAGCAGCUGUUCAACGAGCUGCUGCAGGAUCAGGGUCCACAUUUGGAUCGGACCUCAUCCCAUGUGAGUGGCAUCAAGGAGCUGGCUCGGCGUUUCGCCCUCACUUUUGGUCUUGAUCAGAUCAAGACCAGAGAGGCCGUAGCUACAUUGCACAAGGAUGGUAUAGAGUUUGCAUUUAAGUACCAGAAUCCUCGAGGACCUGAGUUUCCCCCUAUAAAUCUGGCUUUCCUGGAGGUCCUGAGUGAAUUCUCUUCCAAACUAAUCCGCCAAGACAAGAAGACUGUCCACUCGUACCUGGAGAAGUUCAUGUCGGAGUCCAUGUCAGAGCGUCGCGAGGACGUGUGGUUGCCGUUGAUCUCCUACAGGAAUAGCCUGCUGACAGGAGGAGAUGAAGACCACAUGUCUGUCACCUCGGGCUCCAGCAGCAAACCUGGCUCAGUCCGCAGCAAGAAGGGCCGGCCGCCACUGCACAAGAAACGCAUAGAGGAAGAGACCAGUGUCGAGGGCUCAUGGAUGAUGCGUAAUGACACCCUGCAGACACCAGGGGCACUGCAGACUCCUCAGCUCACCUCAACAGUGCUCAGAGAAAACAGACCGGCAGAACACAUGCCAGACCCGGACUCAGAGCCCGGUUCGGAGAACGACUACGUGCACAAUCCUCAGAUGCAGAUGUCGUGGCUCGGCCAGCAGAAGAUGGAGGAAGUGAACAGGAAGGACCGGACGAGCAUGAACUACAUCAAGUCACGCAGCAAUCAGGGGGUCCGGCAGACUGUUCGUGGCCUAAUGGAGGAUGACGCAGAGCCCAUCUUCGAGGAUGUGAUGAUGUCAUCACGAGGUCAGCUGGAGGACAUGAACGAGGAGUUUGAAGACACGAUGGUCAUCGACCUGCCUCCAUCUAGGAACAGACGCGAGCGAGCAGAGUUAAGACCAGACUUCUUUGAUUCUGCAGCAAUGAUCGAAGACGAGUCUGGUUUCACCAUGCCCAUGUUCUGA